AUGGCUGCCCCCACCGAAGCCCAAAGAAGUCGCCAGUCCUUAGCUACCGCGCCCAGCACCGCCGACGGUUUCCCUGCACCAGAAACGCGGAAAAGGAGCGACAGGUCUGCGAGCAGCGGCGGUACCGACGGAUUACCCAGCCCCGACUACACAUCCGUGGCGAAUCCUCGCAAGGGCCGCAAGGUCAGCCGGGCGUGCGAUCACUGCAAACAGCGCAAAGCCAGAUGCACAGGCACGCUGCCGUGCAACAAGUGUACUGCAAAGGGUAUCACUUGCGUGUAUGAUGCGAGUUACUCCCGUGGGCGGCCUCCGACUCCGCAACCGCCCACUUCGAGUAGUCGAACAGCGCCAUAUGAAUAUGUCGCGUCCACCUCUAGUGGAGCUUCGAGCGAGGCGAGGAACGCGAUCGGAAGCCACUCUGAGAGCAUGGGGCCCGCGUCGAGGGCUUCUCCCGAGCUCGGAAUGACCGAGAUUGGCGGCCAGGUCUUUGACCCAACAUCAGGCAUGACCUUUUUGCAUCGUGCUUGGAAGCGACUGGCCAAGCCGAGCCGAGCAGACGCGCCACUUGGCACAACGGCCCAGUCAGCCUCCUCGGAUCAGCAUGCAAGGCCGCCAGAAGCCCGACCACCUCCCAAUCUCUCUGAGGAUGACAUGUAUCGUCUGUCUCUUCCGUCUCAUGAGGAGAUGCGGCGCUUGAUGGCGCUGUAUUUUGAUGUUUGCAUUGCCACUUACCGCAUCCUGCACCGGCCGUCAGUAGAAGAGUGGGCCAGGUCCAUCGAGUUCAACAUAAACCAUGGCCACGCCGCAUGGAGAGACAUUGGAAGACCAAAGGUCGCCAUUGUGUUUGCAUGCCUGUCGGUGGCAAUGGCUCACCACGAGAAGUUGGAAGCCGGUGCCGCGGCUCUGGCUGAAAGUGACAGAAUGUUUGGUGUGUGCAUGCAGCUGCUAGAGCCGCAGGCAGAUCUGCCAUCCUUGCACGCCGCACAGGCUCGCAUCUUGCAGACUUUGUACCUGCUCACAACCUCUCGCAUGAACAAGGCAUGGUAUACCUUCGGCAACGCCUUGCAGCUAAUUUCCGCACUAGGGCUUCAUCGCAAGACCACGCGGCAGUCACGUUUAGCGCCAGGCCAGCUCAACUACUUGCAGGCACAGCUCCGUAUGAGGACAUUUUGGACAGCGUACAUCCUGGACAAGUACCUUGGCGUCAUCUUUGGGCGGCCAAGACAUUACCACGACGAGGACAUUGAUCAAGACUUUCCCGACCGAUUCGAGGAUGAGGAUAUAACCACUCAAGGGCCUUUGCGAGAAGCAGGUGCCGAUAAUGAUGGGUGUCACACUGAUGCACUCAUAUUUCACGCCAAAAUCGCCAAAGUAAUUGGUCAGAUUUCCAGAGAGGUCUACACUAUAUGCCCGAUUUCUGAGGCAGAGCGUAUCAGCGCUGCCCACCGCCUGAGCAAACAACUUGACGACUGGAAAACUUCAUUACCGGCCUAUCUGGUGGCAGUUCGCCCCUCCAUGCUCGUCACGAGCUUCCGCCGACAGUCCAUCGUCUUGAAGCUGGCAUACUGCCAUGCAAUCAUGCAUGCAAACAGACUGUUUCUGCUAUCAACACUGCAGCACGGUAGCAAGGGUCAAGUUGACAAGUGCUUGAAUGCGGCAAAGACAGUAUUUGAGGUUGUCAAUAGUCUCGCGCAUGAUGGCCCCUUGUUCCGUGCAUUCUGGUGGACUCAAUAUGUCACUUUUUGCGCCCUCGUUGUUUCGUAUGUCUGGGACAUACAGCUCAAGCGCCGUGGCACUGUCUUGACCUGUGAUGCCCAGGCUGCUCACAGUAGACUCAUGGACCUAGCUAUACACUGUCAGACCCACAUGGCCAAGGCGACUGCGCAAAACUCGCCGAGCCGGCGAUAUGCAGUCAUACUUGAAGAAUUCUGCUCGGAAGCCAUGGGCACAAGACGAACAGAGGGGCCAGUUGCACCUGGGGAUGUAAGCCAGCAACGCGUGAUGUCAGGCAACGGCAUGCAACACGAGCUCAUGGUCGACCCUGCUUGCUUCUCAAUCCCAGACACUCUCAUUCCUGGAGGCGAGCUCAGAUUCAGUUUGCUGGACGAGUGGAACACCACACACUGGCUCGAGCUCGACUCGUCUGCUUUUGGGCCGUACAUGAACCUCGACUCGUCCUCAUUAUGGAUGUCAAACUUGGAUCUUUCUGGUGGUACUCUGGAACCCACACGGGGAGAUACAUUAGAUUUCUGAUGGCUAAGGUACGCCUCUCAAAUUUAUGUAGGUGAGUGAUAAUUCUUAUCCUGCAUUCUUUACCACUACGUCUAUACAGUGAAUUUCUCCUUGUUCUCCUCCGCUGCUUCUGAUGCAAUCCUCUUGACCUCGUCAUCGCCAAGCUCCUGGAAGAUGUCGUGACCCCAUCUUGAUUGCCAAUUGAAUCUCUUGUUUCGCUCCAGGCUGUUCAGCCGAUCAAACACGUCGGCCGGCAACUCGGCGACCUGGAAAUUCGAUUUGAUCCUACUGGGCGUGACGCUUUUUGGCAGAACAACCGUACCGCGCUGAAUGCCCCACGAGGCAAGGAGCUGGCCGCCGUCGAGCCCAAGCUGGUCGCCAAGCUGCUUGACAACGG